AUGGCCUCAUCAUCCCGCUCAACGGGCAAGCGCCUCCCAAUAAGCUGCCAAGCCUGUCGAACGCGAAAGAUUCGAUGCUCGCGCGACGGCAGGCCCUGUCAAACAUGUGUACGCCGCGGCCUCGGCGCCGAAGACUGCAUCUACCUCGGCCAGCCCCGUCUCUCAGCUGAACAGUCCUCACCAGGCGACAGCGCAAUGCAAAGUGAGCUGCUGGCACGAAUCAGGAACUUGGAAGCCUUGCUCCAGAAACAGAUGGCCUCGCAAGCUGGAACGCCCACCGGUGGCGCGGUUUCGCCACUGGGUGGGACGAGUGCUGCUGGCAGUUUCUCCGAGUCUGAUAUUGGUCCUGGUUUUGAGACAUGGGACUCGCUAGGUCCUAUGUUAGGUAAUGUGGGAUCUUUGCAAACUUCGCCUUCCGGCCAUGUCCGUUAUGUGCCUCUUGCUUCGCAGUGGGAGUCGAUUGUUGCUAAGAGCCCCGCUGCGGAGUGUUUGAGGAAUUCGGAUCCAGAGAUCGCAGAGGAUGAUGAUGAUCUACAGAUCCCGUUGGUUAGGAAUGGGACUGUGACCAGGGCUGAGUUGUUGGGUGUUCUUCCUCCUGGAAGGUACUGUAAUACGCUGAAAGAUGUGUAUUUUCAGGUUUUUUCUUCGGUCUUUCAUAUUCUUCAUGACCUGACAUUUGAGGCGGAAUAUCAGCAGUUCUGCCAUGAUCCUGGCAGUGUUUCGACGUCAUGGCUGGCAUUGCUAUUUGCGAUUCUUGCUAUAGCGGUGAGCGCGCUUGACGACGAUCAUCCCCUAUUGGCAGAUCUAGGGCGAGAGAGAACAGUCAGUCGGAAUAUCAAGGCACUCUCAGCACGAUAUCGGUCUGCUGCGCUGCGAUGUCUAGCUGCAGAUGGAGUCAUGUCUCGGCAUUCUAUCAACUCUUUACAAGCCCUAGUACUCAUAAGCUAUGCAAGACUUCACCGAGGUCUCCCGGUGUGGACAUUACUCGGAUUCACACAGCAUGUUGCUAUUUCAAUGGGCUGCCACUUCGAUCCAGAGCGAUUCGCCCUCGGUCCCAUCGAACGCGAGGAACGACGACGGGUCUGGGCCGGGUUGAUGAUGCUGUACACCACCCAAAACACAUCCUUUGGCAGUCUUGACCAGCAAACAUUAACGCAAGAUGUGAAAAUGCCUGCCGACAUUGACGAUGUCGACCUUUUAACUGGAUCUAAUGCUAGAUCCGCACCUUCGCCCUCAAUCUCUCGCCCAACACAAAUGACCUACCUUCUCCUCAAUUACCGUCUCUACAAAAUCACCUCCAAAAUCACCGAGUCAAUCUUCACCUAUCCCCACGCCUCCCGAUUCACAGUAUCAAAUCUCGAAGCGGAACUAAUAUCCGUCCAAGAAAUGUGCGACAUCCGCUACCAGGUCGACUCCGAACCUCUGCCUAUUCACCAUCAGGCAAACCUCCACAUUCUUUAUAGCCAAAUCCACCAACUCAUCCUCCUUCUCUUCCGCCCGAGUUUAUGCCGCUAUAUCCAGGGCGAGAUCACACCCGAAACCUGCGCCUCAAGAGCGAAAUGCAUCGCGUCUGCAAAAGCCUCGCUUUCGAUCUUCCAAGCUCUUCUCGAAUCCCCUCAAUUUAAACCAUACAAAUGGUACACCAGUGGCCUGGGAAGCUUCCACGCUUUCCAUGCUGCAGUGACAUUAGCAACAAUGCUCCUCGUCUCAGAGAGCCCGGCCGAAUAUGAAGAAAUGAAACAGAUUCUUGACCGAGCACUCGAUUCAUUCGCUUCACUCUCAGUCCGCAGCGUCUUCUGCAGCAAAGCUGUACCGGUCCUUCGACAAAUUCUCGACGUCGCAAGCACAAACUAUAACAAACAAAAACCCCACUUCCAAUCCCACUCCCAAAUCCACCUUCAGGCUCAAGCCCAAGCCCAAGCCCAGGCCCAGACUCAAACUCCAAUCCAAAUGCACAACCCCCUCCUCACAACGCCGAUAUCCACACGUUCAAAUCUUUCCCCGGCGGUAACGAUGCAAGAUACAUUCGUCCUCUCCCACCAACACCCACACUCGAAUUCUGGAUCACCUGUACCGACAGUGGUAUCGUCGUCUAGUGAACCAAUAAUGAAUUCCAACUUUGGAGCGCAGCUUCACCCACAGAACUGGAUGGGUCCUACUUCUGUGCCGUGGGAUGCAUUGGGGACUGUUGUUGGAGGGUAUGGAUACGAUAGAUCUUAG